AAGUUGAUGGGAUAAGUUGGUGUGGAUGUAAAAACGAGUGAACAAUGCCAUUCUUUAGGCUACUAACGAUGGAUUGACCUGUAAUGUCCCAAAUGUAACCCAAUUCCAAGGAGAUGGACUUUGGCUUUAAAAGCCAGUGGCUGUUUGAGUUUCUGUAAUUUGAGUUUAACGCUGAUGCCAUGCACCGAGGGUUUGAUAGUCGAACACACUGACGGGCUAAAGAACACAAUGACCAUGGCAGGUCUUUGGAGGUCCUAUCAGGCUCUGAUGUCCAAACAUCCAUGGACAAUACAGAUCAUCACAGCUGGCUCUCUGGUGGGAGUGGGCGAUGUCGUCUCCCAGCAGGUGAUCGAGCGCCGAGGCCUGGCCAACCACAGCGUGCGCCGCACCGCCAAGAUGAUGAGCAUCGGCUUUUUCUUCGUAGGUCCAGUUAUAGGCGGUUGGUACAGAGUCCUGGAUAGGCUGGUUGUUGGAGAGACCAAAAGUGCUGCCCUGAAGAAAAUGGUUUUAGAUCAGGUGGGCUUCGCCCCGUGCUUCCUGGGGGUGUUCUUGGGCAUCUCUGGCACUCUGAACGGGCUGACCGUGGAGCAGAACGUGGCCAAGCUGAAGAGGGACUAUACAGAUGCCUUGGUCGCAAAUUACUAUCUGUGGCCCCCAGUUCAGAUAGCCAACUUUUAUUUUGUACCACUUCACCACAGAUUGGCGGUGGUUCAGAUUGUAGCAGUGAUUUGGAACUCGUAUCUCUCCUGGAAGGCCAACAAGAUGUGACGAGUGGUUCCAGAAAUUGUACUACCUCAUUAGCAGAAGCGUAAUGUGUUUUAGGCUGUCAUUGUAGACAGCCUUCUGUGGACAAUUACAGAUCUCUGCAGAGGCAGAGAUGACAAUCCAGUACUUCAGCCAUUCGGUUUAUAAAUGAAGGAAUUGUAUUAAAAGAUUAUGCUUAUUUUUGUAAUUAACACUUUCUCCUACAUACGUGGAAUUCACUAGAUACUAGCAUUUCUCUUUGUUAUGUAAGGAAUAUUCAAUACAUGUUAUUAAAGUCUCUUGUCAGGUUAUAGCAAUCAUUUAGUUGUAGGCUACUUGUAGCCUAAUCAAUAUAGGUUUUCAGUCCUUCAGGUAAGGACAGUAUUGUUGUCAUAGACCCUGACCAUAGGGAGGUGUCCAUACUGUGCUUUUGUCUUUUCAUUGAGAGUAUACAUGAGUGUUAAUGCAUAUGCAUUUAAUUAAAACAAUUACUUGGAA